ACCUUAGCAAGCCAAUUAUCAAAAUGGAGUUUCACUGAAACAAAGCUGUUAAAAUAUCCGGCAACUUUACCGGUUGAUUGCCUCUCCUAUGCAAUCAGUCCGUCGAGGGACGGCUCGCGAGGAAAUCAACGGCGGGGCAGGGUGGGUGACGGUGAAGGAUGGAUCAAGGGAGACAAGUGUUUGCAGUAGAUCUUCUAGAGAGAUAUGCGGCGAAAGGCCGCGGUGUGAUUACGUGUAUGGCGGCUGGAAAUGAUGUGAUUGUGUUGGGAACAAGUAAAGGUUGGGUUAUCAGACACGAUUUUGGGGUGGGAGAUUCGUAUGAUUUUGAUCUCUCUGCGGGCCGAACUGGGGAGCAAUCCAUCCAUAGAGUUUUUGUUGAUCCUGGGGGCAGCCAUUGUAUUGCUACUGUUGUUGGCAGUGGAGGUGCUGAUACAGUCUACACUCAUGCAAAGUGGAACAAGCCACGCGUAUUAAGCAGAUUGAAAGGGGUAGUUGUCAAUGCUGUUGCCUGGAAUAGGCAACAGAUAACUGAAGCUUCUACAAGGGAAGUCAUUCUUGGUACAGACAAUGGCCAACUCUAUGAAAUUGCAGUAGAUGAGAAGGACAAGAGGGAGAAGUAUAUGAAGCCUUUAUUUGAAUUAGCAGAACUUCCAGAAGCUAUCAUGGGUUUGCAGAUGGAAACAGCUAUCUUAAGCAAUGGAACUAGAUAUUAUGUGAUGGCUGUUACUCCCACAAGACUUUAUUCUUUCACUGGAAUUGGAUCACUAGAGACUGUUUUUGCCAGCUACUUAGAUCGUGCUGUGCGUUUCAUGGAACUUCCUGGUGAAAUACCAAACAGUGAACUGCAUUUCUUUAUCAAGCAAAGGAGAGCUGUUCAUUUUGCAUGGCUUUCUGGAGCUGGUAUAUACCAUGGUGGCCUGAAUUUUGGAGCACAGCAUAGCUCUCCAGAUGGUGAUGAGAACUUUGUGGAGAACAAGGCUCUCCUGGACUACACAAAGUUGUCUAAUGGUGCGGAUGUAGUCAAACCCAGUUCCAUGGCAGUGUCUGAAUUUCAUUUCUUGCUUCUUAUUGGAAAUAAGGUUAAGGUUGUAAACAGAAUCAGUGAGCAAAUCAUAGAGGAACUUCAGUUUGAUCAGGCAUCAGACUCUAAUUCAAGAGGGAUUAUUGGACUGUCUAGUGAUGCAACUGCAGGGUUGUUCUAUGCAUUUGACCAAAACUCUAUUUUUCAGGUUUCUGUGAAUGAUGAAGGACGAGAUAUGUGGAAGGUCUAUCUAGAUAUGAAGGAGUAUGCUGCAGCAUUAGCAAAUUCUCGUGACCCGCUCCAGAGAGACCACGUAUAUUUAGUUCAGGCUGAAGCUGCAUUCACCUCCAGGGACUUCCUCAGGGCAGCAUCUUUUUAUGCAAAAAUUAACUAUAUACUAUCAUUUGAGGAGAUCACUUUGAAGUUUAUUAGUGUCAGCGAACAGGAUGCUUUGAGAACCUUCUUAUUGCGGAAGCUUGACAAUCUGGCAAAGGAUGACAAAUGCCAAAUAACGAUGAUCUCCACAUGGGCAACGGAACUGUACUUGGACAAGAUAAAUCGGCUUCUUUUAGAAGAUGACACAGCUUUGGAGAAUCGCAAUUCAGAAUAUCAGUCAAUCAUUAGAGAGUUUCGUGCUUUCCUUAGUGACUGCAAAGAUGUAUUGGAUGAGGUGACUACAAUGAGACUUCUAGAGAGCUACGGGAGGGUUGAAGAAUUAGUAUAUUUUGCCAGUCUGAAGCAACAAUAUGAAAUUGUUGUUCACCACUAUAUUCAGCAAGGAGAAGCAAAGAAGGCAUUGGAAGUGCUUCGGAAACCUGUUGUUCCAAUAGAUCUUCAGUACAAAUUUGCCCCCGAUCUUAUUACUCUUGACGCGUAUGAGACUGUGGAGUCAUGGAUGGCCUCAAACAGCCUGAACCCAAGGAAACUUAUUCCUGCAAUGAUGCGUUAUUCAAGUGAACCUCAUGCGAAGAAUGAAACCCAUGAAGUAAUCAAAUACUUGGAAUUCUGUGUUCACCGUUUGCAUAAUGAGGAUCCAGGAAUCCACAACUUAUUGCUCUCUUUGUAUGCUAAACAGGAAGAUGAUAGCGCCCUUUUGCAUUUCCUACAAUGCAAAUUUGGAAAAGGACAAGAGAAUGGGCCUGAUUUCUUCUAUGAUCCCAAGUAUGCUCUGCGCCUCUGCCUCAAGGAAAAACGAAUGCGUGCCUGUGUUCAUAUAUACAGUAUGAUGUCAAUGCAUGAGGAGGCUGUUGCUCUUGCUCUCCAGGUUGAUCCAGAGCUUGCAAUGGCUGAAGCCGACAAGGUUGAAGAUGAUGAAGACUUGAGAAAGAAGCUUUGGCUAAUGGUUGCUAAGCAUGUUAUUGAGCAGGAAAAGGGUACUAAAAGGGAGAAUAUAAGAAAGGCAAUAGCAUUUCUCAAGGAAACAGAUGGCCUAUUAAAGAUCGAGGACAUAUUGCCAUUCUUUCCUGACUUUGCCCUUAUUGAUGACUUCAAGGAGGCAAUUUGCUCCUCACUGGAGGAUUACAACAAGCAAAUUGAGCAACUUAAGGAGGAGAUGAAUGAUGCUACACAUGGUGCUGACAACAUUAGAAAUGAUAUUAGUGCACUAGCUCAAAGAUAUGCUUUGAUUGAUCGUGAUGAGGAAUGUGGGAUCUGUAGACGUAAAAUCUUGGCUGUUGGUGGGGAUUAUAGAAUGACUCGUGGUUAUACAGCUGUAGGACCAAUGGCUCCUUUCUAUGUCUUUCCAUGUGGACAUGCCUUUCAUGCCCACUGCCUGAUUGCUCAUGUGACACGUUGCACCAAUGAAUCUCAAGCAGAAUAUAUACUGGAUUUGCAGAAGCAACUAACUUUACUUGGUAGCGAAGCCAGGAGGGAAUCUAAUGGUGGUAUCACAGAUGAAUCCAUAACCAGCAUGAACCCUGCAGACAAGCUCCGAUCACAGCUAGAUGAUGCAGUGGCCAGUGAAUGCCCAUUUUGCGGUGAGUUAAUAAUCCGUGAAAUCUCUUUGCCUUUUAUUUUGGCGGAGGAAGCCCAGCAGGUUACUUCGUGGGAGAUAAAGCAACAAAACCUUGGAAACCAAAGAAGCAUUUCUUUGCCUAUAUAAUUAGAUUAUGGGUGUUCUUGGAUGUGUGCCUGUGUAUCUGCAAGGAGCCGUUGUAGGGCCAAUUAUAUAGUUUUGUCGUCUCUCUUAUUUUCAAUGCCUUCUUGCGUCAGUUGAGUCUCGAAGAAUGGUGCCUAUUCAUGAAUGUAAUUGUGUAAUUUGUGUGUUUUUAUUUUUUUUGUAAUUUUUGCCCCUGCAUUCUUCUUCUUUUGGGCUACAAGUACUUUUCCCUCUAUUUGAUCGGGGAAUUGGCUUUCUCUGUAGCAAUGUAAUCAGGCAAUGAUUACAAUGUUUGUAAUUUAUCAUCAAAGACAAUGUUCCAAUAAUUUCCAUGUGUUAGGUUUGGGCAUCCUUGUUGAA